AUGGAAAUUAGCAACAUUAUAAUUGAAAAACGCCCGCGGCUGCAGUGUGCCAACUUUUUCAUCACAUUUACGGAGAACUUUGUGCAACAAGAUGCCGUCAAAUUGAACGUCAGUGCCGACAAACUCGUCAUUCGCUUCGACGAUCGCGAGUUUUUGGUGAAACUUUCGGAUCAUCUGCAACUUCACACGAAAACUUUGAGCCAAUUGAUCAUUAAAAAGAACUACGUGAGCUUCCGGAUCAACACAAACAUGGAAAAUUUCACUUCUGAAGUCCUCGAAGUGCAUCCAACGACAAAUGCGAAUAACAAUUCUUACCUUUUGGAGUCCGGUUUGACCUUGAAUACCCCUUAUAAGGUCCAUUGCAGCAAUUGUACGAACAUUUUAACCCCUGACGAGGUCAUUUUUGGUCGAAUUUUGGAACUUCCAUCGGAAAAUAUGGACAUGAGCGAAUGGUUUUGUCACAAACACGGCACUUGCGGAGCUUCUGAAGCCGUUUCUGACACAAAUAAUGACGAAUCCAGGUUUUACGACGAGUCAAUCGAAGAUAAAUUUAACUCAAACAAGUUCAAACCGGGUACAAAAGACAUUUUUUAUGGCAACUACUUUGGAUUGUUCAACAUGAAACUGUUCAAAAACGUCAGAAUUAAAGGAAAACUCGUUUAUUGUCGUCGCUGCUUCCAAUUUUUGGGCGAACUCACGAACCUAAAGUACAAGGAUGCGAUAAAAGUUUGGAAUGACACCGUAAAUUUCGAAAAAAUCCCUUCAGGAGACACGAUUUUUCUCUUUGACAACACCUCAUUGCUGAAAAAUUUCAUUUUUAUCCUUUGCAAGCUCCAACACGACUUCACUUUUGAACUUUUUGGACUCCCGCAGCUGUUCAAAGUCAUUUUUGAAGCAACUCUCUCGGAUGGCAAGAAGAAUUUCCUGCUUCUUCAGGUCAUGGAUCAUAAUUUGGAGAUGUUGAGACUCCAAAAACCCGCGGAAAAUGAUGAAAUUCAGGCGUCAUUGCUGCUCGAAAAAUGCAAAACGAUGAAAUUGUUGUUCAAAUUUGAAGAAGAUGAGGAACAACCUUUGGUUAAGUUUUGGUUGAGCAAUACGAAUGUCAGUAGUGUUCAAAUUUCACCCCAAAUGUUCACCGCAGCAGUCGAAUAUCUCACGAAAAUGUCGUCACUUAUUCCGGAAUGUUAUCGUACGAGUUAUGGUUUCGUUCUUAGCUACUUAGAUAUGUAAUUUUAAGGUUUUUAGUUUUUUUCUGAGUGAAGUUUAAGGAUAAUUUAAUUUUUAUUAUAUUGAAAAAAAAAAUAUUUUUAAGUAAAGUUGCCCUACUUAAUGAUUAGUUUAAAGAAAAAAUGUUAGAAAAAUUAUUUUCGUGUAGUAUUUUGUAAUAAACUUAAGAUUGUUUA